GAAGAGGCGCUUCUCUCGGAGAUGGAUGUGACAGGCCAAGCUUUCGAGGACAUGCAAGAGCAGAACAUGCGGCUAAACCAGCAGCUGCGUGAGAAGGAUGACGCCAACUUCAAGCUGAUGUCGGAGCGCAUCAAAUCCAACCAGAUUCACAAGCUCCUGCGGGAGGAGAAGGAAGAACUGGCCGAGCAGGUGCUGGCCCUCAAGUCUCAGGUGGACACCCAGCUCUUAGUCGUGCAGAAGCUGGAGGAGAAGGAACGAGUCCUGCAGGGCAAUCUGGGCACCGUGGAGAAAGAGCUCACUUUACGCAGCCAGGCCCUGGAGCUCAACAAGAGGAAGGCGGUGGAGGCGGCCCAGCUGGCCGAAGACCUGAAGGUGCAGGUGGAGCACGUGCAGACUAAGCUGAAGGAGAUCCAGACCUUCAUGGCUGAGAACCGGGCGGCCAAGGAGAAGGAGUCUUUCAACCUCAAAAGAGCUCAG